AGCGACCCACGAUGUUCUACCCUUCCUCUGGGCAGCGGUUCGACUCAGGAUUGGAUGGGGAGCCAGCUGCACAGGCAGGCAUCGACGCCGACGUACACUGAUCUGUUGGAGGGGCGUACCCCGGCUGGUUAUGAUGCAGGACUGGUGGAUCUCAGCUUCGGAUUGAGGUCCGGGAGUGCCGAGGAGGUGACGUGCACCGUUAUCGUGAACCCAGCUUCGGGCAGCACCCGCACACCGGCUCCAGUGACAACGCGGACUAGCGGAUCAGUUCCUUGUAGAACGACGACGGCAGGUGGCACAGCGGAUGGACGACGCCCAAACGAAGAGUGGUCAGCAACGGAGGUCGUUGGUCGAAAGUUUUGGGAUGAUCAUCGGCGACAAUCGCAUGAAGCGAGCACGACCGGCAUAACGAGAGGGGUGGCGAAGAUUACCGUGGGGGCGGACGAUAUAUUAGGCGAUGAAGAUGGUGCAGUUGCGGAGGAAUGCGAGGCGGACGACGGGGCCGGUGACGACGACGAGGACGACGAUGAGGAGAUGGAGAUUCGUCCAGUAGGAAGAAAGCGGGGAGGGUCGAGGGCCGGGAAAAAGUUGUCGGAAACGCCAACGGGGCGGAGGGGGAAGAAGGGUGUGGAAGAUGGGUCGGCUGGCGAGGGAUCGAAAAGCCAGGACUUUUGGACCGUGGAGCACAUGAUUGCUCUCAUCCCGGCAAAAAGAGACCAGGAUUCGCAUCUUGCCGGCCUCGCGCACACCACGGGAAGGAUGAAGAUGAAGACAUGGAAGUGGGACGAUGUGGAGACGAGGCUGGUGCAAAUGGGGGUGACGAGUAGAAAGGCCGUCGAUUGCGGGAAGAAAUGGGACAACCUGUACCAGCAAUUCAAAACCGUGCACAAGUUUAUGGGAGAAUCGGGGAAGCCAAAUUUCUUCACACUAACGCCAGGCGAGAGGAAGGAGCGGGGGUUCAAUUUCCUGAUGGAUGAGCGUGUGUAUUCAGAGAUGGCGGCGAUGACCAGGAGCGAUCACACCAUACACCCCACCAAUCUUGCCAACACCGGUGCGACUGGAGGUGUUCAAUUGUCCGGCCCACGCGGAGGUCGGAAUGAAUCCGGUGGUAGUGAGGGGGGCGGGGAUGGACAGGACGACGAUCAGGGGUCCACGAGGGAUUCUAUCAGCGGCGGUGGUGUUGGCGGGGGCAGCAAACGGAAGAAUGUGAGGCAACAGACCUUUGACACGAUUGCAGACGUGAUGAAGGAGCACGGGAGUCUGAUGGCGACAACCGUGGACAGCGCGAGCAAGAGACAGUGCUCAAUUCUGACUAGGCAGUGCGACAUUUUGGAGCGAGAGGUUGAAGUGCAGAAGGAACACUACGUCAAGGCCGACCAGGCGAACUUGAUGAUGUGCGAAGCACUUAUGGAGAUUGCUAAAGCGAUCCGCGAGCGAUCGAAAGAUGGCGGGGGGGGCGACGGUGGGGAAACCAACAAAGGUAGAGGCCACAUACCGAAGUCGAAAAGGCAGCGCAUUGAUGACGCCAGCUCCUCACAAACUGAUGACUUCCUCGCUGACGAAGUGGCUAUGGUGGAUGCGCAAGGGACGGCAGGGGUCGCAAGGUUGGGUUUCGGGCGGGAUGGAGUGGCGAGGGAGCAACUGCAAGCACUGAAAUGCAGCGUUGUUGGCGGUGCUGCCAGGACGGUGCCAAGGACCCCAAACACGGCAGGGGUUGUCGUCACGGGCGCGUGGGUCGCGGGACAACUUUCGCCGGCGGUAGGCCAAGGUCAGCCACGUCAGUCACUCCCCUUGCAACACGUGUUGGCAUCAGGGGGAGGGCACAUGGCGACCGCGCAAAAGGGCGACGCGACGGCUAGCGCCAGUCGGGCGGCGGCGGCAGAUCACACAACUAAAGGAGGGGUCGUCGAAGGUGCAGAAAGGGGGGGGGUCGAAGACAUUGGCCGUGACGAUGGCCGAAGAGACGGAAAGCGGGAAGGCAAUGAUUACGACGACCGUCCACUUCUGCCGAGGGGGAAGGGAGCGCCGAAGGAGGACGACCUGGAAGAGAAGGCCAAGUUGUGGGUUGAUUGCGACGCUUUCUGGGGUCAGGGUCCCGGGAAACCUCUGAGGGAGGCGGUAGGCGAAUGCACCGACUACUUCGUCGCCAUCGCCAAYGGAGACGCAGGAGUUGAGCCGUCGUCGAUGCUCAUCAUGCCGCCGAAUGACGUGCCGCGCUUCAAGAUCGACGACCCGGCGCAGCGUGAUCCGGCUCUCCRCAGAGCGCGCAGCGUGGAGAGAGUAGUGYUGYGCACCAUCCACGGUUGGAUCUUUAAAUCGCAGUCGAGGUCGACUGGCUUCUCUCGUGCAGAGUCCUACAUCACCGUCGACUUCGCCACGGACCUCGCACGAGCAGUUUGGCAGGCCUUGGAAUGGUSGAGAGUGGUAUCCCCUGCACUCGUCUACCACACGUUGGCGAUGAAGAUGGACGUGCCUCUGUGGUUCGCGGGGGUGAAGAUUGAGGACCGCCCGGAAGACGACGAUAUCGCGGCGCGGCAGGAGGCGACAAUUCUUCUGUUGGCGGAGUGUCGGACAGAUGCGAUCUGGUGCGGACAGCGGGCGGAUGGCGGGCGCGUAAAAUAGGAGAGGUUGUCCAGGCUGGCAGACAGUCUGUGAGCGUUGUUGUGCGCGGUCAUGUGGAUCAUGCGCAUGGGAGGUGA